AUGGCAUUGUUAUUCUUUUUUCUUGUUUUGGUUCCAAUUGGUACGGUUGAUGGAUGUUUGAGGACGACCGUACCGGCUGGGUUCACGAUACCACCUGACUUGACCACGCUGCCACCGACGACGUUGCCUCCUGGAAAUCAAGACAGUAUGUUAUUUGGCAUUACUGUUGCUUUCUUGAGGUUUUUACAUUGAUGUUUCAGAUACAAUUUUAGUUAAAAAUGACAUUUUUCAUAAUUUUUCGCGCUUCGAACGCUAAUUUUGACUUAUUUUUCGUAUUUUAGGUAUCAAAUUGAUUAAAAUUUAAAUUUUUUAGACUUUCAACAUAAUUUUAAAUUUAUUUUUUUUCAUUUGAUAUUAAUAUAACACUAUAAAUAAACGUUUAGCCUGCGAAGUCCCUGAAGGAACGCUAGGCGUCACCUUUGACUCCGAUGUUAACAUAGAUGCUGAUGCUUCUCUAGGCUUCACCGAGCAACCAGUAGCCAAAUGCACGUCAUGUUCGACAGGUACUCGCUACUUCUUUGAACCGACUACACAAGAUUCCAUGGAUAAUGCAGCUGCCAACUCACAAGAGGCGGCUUACAUUCAAUGUGAUGAUUGGUCGACGGCUUGUAUGUGCAAUAGUCAGAACGAUUGUUGUAGUAUAGAUGGAUCAGCAUCAAGCAUCGAUUCGGUUAAUAUUGCUGUUUGGUGUGAUAGUACUGGAGGUAAGGGUGCUUAAGUAAAAAUUGAAAUUUUAACUUUUUAAAUUUCAAAAAAAAAUGAAAAAGUAACAAUACUGUAAGUUAUACUGUACUUUCCAGCAUGUCAACAAUACCUAAGUGUUGGUGGUGACGCGACUGUGACUAUUACAUGUCCAAGUGGUACCACUUACACUACUGAUGGUAGUUUCCCGUUCAGUACCUCAUCAGCUUACUUCCAAGUCAAUGCCUUUAGUUGUUCCAGCUGUGAUGGCAUUAGUAGUGACCCUUGCCAAGGACCUACUGUACCUGUUACUUAA